AUGCCUGAGAUUCUUCGUCCCUAUACCUCCGAUGAGUUGCAGGUGAUGGAGAAAUCAUUAGUUCGCAAGAUCGAUCUACGAAGCCUACCGAUUCUUAUUGUACUAUUUCUACUGAACAUCCUUGACCGAAACGCCAUUGCCAAUGCACGGCUCGGUGGUCUGGAAAGGACAUUGAGAAUAGACGACGUCCAAUACCAGACCGCAGUUAUGGUGCUGUGGGCUGGUUAUAUCUCCAUGAUGAUUCCAUCGAACAUGUUGCUUUCGAUCUUCAAACCAAGAAUCUAUCUUCCCACAGUUGUAAUUGUUUGGGGCGUGGUGUCUGGUGCUACAGGGUUCGUUCAGAACUUCACUGGUCUGGUUGUUCUCCGGUUCUUGGUCGGCGUUGUCGAAGCUCCUUACUUUCCCGGCUGCGUCUUCUUCCUGUCAUCAUGGUACACCAGAACCGAGUUACCCUCGAGGAUCGCCAUUUUCUACAGUGGAUACACCCUCUCCUCUGCGUUUGGAGGUCUCAUCGCGGCGGGAAUUAUCGGGAAUAUGGAUGGAACCGGAGGUUAUCCAGCAUGGUGUCUGGCUGAUCCCAAGGCUUGGCUUCUGGUUCUUAUUCUCACUGGCGCAGUCGUGGGCAUGAGUUUUACAUACUUCUUCCCCUCCAUUGUUCAGACACUUGGCUAUCCUAAUAUCGAAACUCUCCUCCUUACCGCGCCACCGUAUUUCUUCGCUUGCAUAUUUUCUAUCACGAAUUCAUGGCACAGUGGCAAGACACAGGAACGUUGUUUCCAUAUCAUCACAGGCUGUGUUAUCUCUAUCGUUGGACAGAUCCUCUCGAUGUCAACCCACAACACUGGUGCUAGAUACUUUGCCAUGUUCCUCCAGGCAGCCGGAUCAUUCUCAGUCUUCCAAAUCAUUCUGUCAUGGAUAUCCACCACUAUCCCUCGACCAAAGGCAAAAAGAGCUGUGGCUCUUGCCUUGUGUACUGCUGUCAGCAACGCGACGAACAUCAGUACUUCGUACCUCUAUCCAAAGUCCGAUGCCCCGUAA